AUGUAUCAUUCACCUCUUCAUUCAUAUUUCUUUUGCGUUUAUUAUAAUGUUAAUUGGUUAUACAAAAAUAAUAUGUCAACUACUAACCAUCAAUUAAAUAUUUUGUCAUGGAAAAAUGAGGAUACAAAAAAGUUAUUGAAUUCAUUUACCACUGAAUUUGACUAUUCAAACUAUUCAUUAACAGAUCAAAAUACAACAAUGGUAACCUUAGGAUUAGAAGGAGUUGAAAAAGAAAAGAUGAAAUAUUUUGAUGAAAUAACAAGAGAGAAUCUUCUUUUUAUAAAUAAAAAUGAAAGUUUUAUUGACAGAGAAAAGAAAUCUAGUACAGAAAGGGAAAAUUUUUUUUACGAUUCAUCUUAUGACAUAUUAUCUUAUGAUUCAUACUAUCAAAGUCAAUCUUUGCAAACAUUUUUGUUUUAUUAA